AUGGCGUCGGAUGCGAUUAGUGCGCUGUUCCCGUGGAUGAAUCAGAACGCGGCGGACUUGGAAUUCGUGAAGGAUGAUCAGCCGACGGAUCUCAGCUGCAAGGAUAAACUGAAAAUGGAACUAACAGACACAUCCGACGACAUUGAUCAAUUGGACGUUGAGACAGCCGAAGAUCAGGAAACGGAACUGGUUAGGGACGACGUCGCAGCAACCGAGCCACGAUUGAGCAAUGAAAGCGCCAACUCAACGGCGUCCACGUCGUCUUCGUCGAAGCGAAAGUCGUUCCAACCACAGAAGAACAUCGAAGAUAUUGAACAUCCAGAUGAGGAAGAUGAUGAUGAGGUCCCUUCGCAUGAGAUUCACACCGGCGACGACAGUUUAGCCAAAAACGACGACAAACCAGAGCCGGAGAACAGUCGGCAGUUCGACGGUCUUAGCGCCCUCCAAUCGCAAUUGAGUCAACCGAACUUGAAAUUUCAUGAAAUGUUCGAAACACAACGGAAACUCUACAAUAACAUUAUCGAACAGCAAAAGAAAUUCUUUCCGCCACCACCGCCUCACCAGCAAGCGUCAGUGGAAAUUGCGCCUGAAAAGGCUCGAGCCAGAGACUUUACGCAGCUGGCACAAACACUCAAGAACGAAAUCAUCGACUCGCUGUCUGGAUCGAUCGAUAAGAGUCCUGAAGGGCAAUGA